UGCCAAGCCAUAUGUUCUUUUGUCAUUGCUGGAACAGUCUUGCUUCUGGGGUAUUUCUACUUCAGCUUCUUCUCUGAAAGACUCAACAGAGAUAUCCCAAUUGAUGAAGACCAGAAGAGCACCAGCCUGAAUCGACUCAUGUUAAGGAGCAGAGUACGGAACAUGGUCUCUCCUGAAAAGCUAUUGUACAAGCAGCCCAGUGUCUUGGUGGGACGUACUGAUGUGGUGGCAGUGACCCCAUGGUUGGCGCCCAUCGUCUGGGAAGGCACCUUUGACCCUGUGCUUGUCGACAAUAUCUACAAGCCCAUGAACCUCACCAUAGCAACCACAGUGUUUGCCAUUGGAAAAUACGUCAGAUUUCUCCAAGAUUUUCUGGAGACAGCAGAGAAGCACUUCAUGGUCGGCUUCCACGUGCGCUACUAUGUUUUCACUGAUCGUCCCCACGAUGUUCCUUCAGUGAACCUGUCUCGGGGGAGACAUUUGAGUGUGAUCCAGGUCCCGGGUUCCAACCGCUGGCAGGAGAUAUCAGCCCGGAGGAUGGAGUUCAUCCAGACCACCAUCGAACGUCAGAUCAGAAGGGAGGCCGACUACAUCUUCUGUCUSGACGUAGACAGCAAGUUCCACGCUCGCUGGGGGGGCGAGUCUCUUGGAAGGCUGGUUGCUGUGAUACACCCAGGCUACUACGAGCAGACGCGUGACCGUUUCCCGUACGAACGGCGUCCAGCCUCGACUGCCUACAUCCCUAUGGAUGAGGGAGACUACUACUAUGGCGGGGCUAUGAUCGGAGGGUUCGUGGAGGAUGUGUACACACUAACAAAGGUGUGUCGGACCCGGUUUGAGGAGGAUGCGGGGAAUUCCAUCGAGGCUGCCUGGCAGGAGGAGAGCCACCUCAACAGGUACCUGCUCGACAAUAAGCCCAGCAAGGUGUUGUCUCCAGAGUACCUGUGGCAGGACUUCAAGGCAAAAACCAAAGAGGUCAAAGUCAUUCGCUUUUCAGGGGUCAUUAAAAACUAUGCUGAARUUCGUCCCAAUGUAUAAAACAAGGAAGUGGCUAUUCGACCCGGCAGAAGAAAAAAUGUAUUUAGUCAUAGCGGUAAAAUUAAUUGAGGUUAGGUUUAGGAACGAGGGUUAAGUUAAGUUUAGGUAUAGUUUGACUGGGGUUAAGGUUAGGGAAAGGCAUAAUAACAAUAAUUUGGAGGGUGCUUGUAUAUUUGUCACCUGUGGAUGUUUCUUGUACAAAUGUGUAAUGGAAAUGURUUUCUUGCAUAUCACAACUCUUGAGAGUGGGGUCACGGGCCAGGGUCACCAUUGUUCGUUUUUGAGUUAUAAGAACAUGUUUUUUAAAUUUUGUAUCUUAUAUUUCGUUCUGUAUUCUGUAGCCUAUCUAUUUUGCAUGUUGAUUACUGUGAGGAGGGAAUGAGUAAAUAAAUAAAUAUGUAAAACAUUUAACACAAUAGCAG